UUCCGUUUCUUGCCUUCUUCUUCUUCCGGUUCCUCUUCCGAUCACCGACGGAGAAGGAAAGGGCGGCGGCGAUUUCAGCAAACAGGAGGUGGGGUGUUUUAUGGCUGAGCUCCGGUGUAUGGCUGAUUUCAUGAGGAUGCCCUCUUUUCUAGUGAUUGAAUUUGUUAUAUCAACCAUGUAUUGUUGUUCUUUCUCUAGAUGCUUUGUUCUAUAAUUUUAUUCUGAUUCUGUCUACCACCGUCUUCUAAAUUCAUGUUUGCCAAAUCAAUCUUGUUAUUUUUUCUUUAUUGGUGUAUUAGCACGGCAACUUAAUUCUUGGUUCUCAUGCUUCGUGUUGUUACAUGAACGUUUUGUGUACUCAUGUUAAUUGAUUCUUUUUAAUAGUUUCCUAUAGGUGUCGAGCAGAAAGGAGAUGAAAAGCCAAAGCAGUUACGUGCCGCCUCCUUAUAUUCCAUUAGAUCGGUCUGAACCAGAAGUAGAGACUCUUCCGAGCAGCGGUGACCCAGCUAUUCGUCAGCCCAUAAGUGCUGGGCCAACACACUGGUCUUCUGGAAUCUGUGCUUGCUUCGAUGACAUGCAGAGCUGUUGUAUAGGUCUUUUCUGUCCUUGCUAUCUGUUUGGAAAGAAUGCAGAGGUUCUCGGUUCUGGAACUUUAGUGGGAUCAUGCUCGACCCAUUUCUUGCUGUGGGCUCUUGUCAAUACCGUAUGUUGUUUGUUGACUGAUGGCAUUUUAUUGGGGCUACCUGGAUGCUUCGUUGCAUGUUAUGCUUGUGGCUAUCGAAGGGCUCUAAGAUCAAAGUACAAUUUAGAGGAAGCGCCUUGUGGGGACUUUGUCACUCAUUGUUUCUGCCAUCUCUGUGCAAUUUGUCAAGAAUACAGGGAAAUCCGUGAGCGAUCUGGUGAUGCAAACCCUCCUGAUCUUACAUUAGCAGUGGUCACGGCUCCGCCCGUGCAGACAAUGGACUCUCGUCCAAAACAGUAGGGUUAUCUUUUAAACCAGUCCUGCAGCAUGCCACUUCCUCCUGCAUUGACUUCACUUUUGGGGUCUGGUCUCUCUUGAUACAUCUGUAUGGCGCACUGUUGAUUGAAUCCUUAGGUUAGAACUGACAUGAAUAAGCCACACUUCAUGGAUUCUUAUUUUCUUUGGAGACUUCGUUUUCUCAGGCGUUAUUAUAGAGUUGUCUUCAGUCCUUCGCCAGGAGAGAAAGAAACAGAACCAUCGGCACUCUUGUAUUCUGUACGUGCCUUUUAGUUCAUUGUUGCAGGGAGGGUGUACAUGAUGAUUCAGCUUGACUUGUGUUAUGGUGUUGUUUGGUUUCAUUGGGAGCUUCUAAUAAAAGUAUAUUUGAUCUGCGAA